AUGAAGUCUUCAUUGCCUCUCAUCCUUUACUUAGUCACUUUUACAGUUGCUGCUAAGCCUAAACUCUCUGACUCAUGGGAGAUUGAUGAUAGCUGCGAUGGUGCAAGGCUCGAGAAGCUCGAAGAUGCCCACUCAGAGAUCGUCGAGCUUCUCACCAAAGUCACGAAUGACCUCGCUCACGUGCAGCAGCCGCGACCUGCAACUCGCUGGGGUGGACCAAAUUGGGACCGCAUCGCACGGAACCUGGCUGGCCUUUUUGGCCUCCAAUCUGGCGAUGCGCUUCUCGAGAACGGUUAUGACCCAGGCGAGCAGUACUUCAGCCAGGUGCUCUAUACCUACGACCGAAUGUAUCAAGCCCUCGUGAAAGGGCAGACCGUCCAAGAAAAGGGAUACUCUGGCAAACUCAAGGACCUAAGCGAGCAUAGUAAACCUCUGCUAUUGUGUGGCGAUACAAGGAAUUGGGAAUACUUUGAUCAAAAUGCUCCAGAUAAGUAUGACAAGUCUAAAAAAGUUGUAGAGGUUUUCAAAGAGGCGGCGAACCACGGUGGCGCUCUCAUCCGCGGAAACCGCUAUGUCGAAGCGUCACCUGGGACCAGAAAUCCCGGCUUUUGCACAGGCAAAUACGGCUUCACAUUCAUACAUCACGACUUGAUCACUAUUUGUGAUGAGACCCUCCAAUUCGACGUUGAGAAGUGGCCAGUGCGCGAUGGCGGUGAGGUGGUAGCAGACACGGAUCUUGAUGGAGCCCAUUUCGGUAGGCAAUCUCUCGUCCGUGUCAUGCUCCACGAGUUUGCGCACUACUAUGGCUCGAGGAUGGAAGGGAAUGAAUUGAAAAAGCUCCCAGACCAGCAAGCCGUUGAUACCAACGGAUGUUUCUUAUGGACAGGAGAUCGAAAUAAGUCAGUACGCGAGCCUCGGACUGCAGAUGGAAGAGAUCCGCCCCUCCAGGUUGUUUUUGGACUCAAAUCUUGCACCAAUCUCAACAAAAAUCAAACCGGCAAUAAAGAUGCAGGUAAAUUCGAGAAAGAUGGCGUUUAUGUGCCCGGUACGCUCGGAAACAUGGGCCCAUCAGUUGCGACCUGGACGGCUGAAACAUAUGCUUAUUUUGCCAUCAUAUCGUAUCUAGAGAAGUGGGAAUGGCCCAUACCGGAAGAGGCUGGACCACAAACAACAACGGCUGGACCACUUCCAACGCCUUGA